CUUGCCUAUCGACUAUACCGACGUGACCCUUCACCGAACCCAAACCACGCAAACCCACAUAGACGGAACUAUAAUCCGCUGGAAUUUAAAGCCUCACGAAUAUUAACGUUUUGUUGUGUCUUAGCGAAACUUAAACCUACAUUCAAAAAUUACCUUUGGCUGUGAAUACCCAACAAUUCUCGAACCUUAAUUCUUUUAUAUAUCACUCGAGGCGUCCCAACGAACGUAGCAUCUUGCCAAUGCGGUCGUCAAAAGCAGACUCCCCCUUUUUGAUAUAAGCCGCAACGGCCAUACGCAAUAUAGCGUUCUACCGAUAGGAGCAUUUGCACUUAUCAUGUCGUUCGGCGUCGCAGUUCAGUCUGCCAUCUUCUAUGUCGUGUCCUGUGCGCCAUGUCUUCAAGCAAGGCACCACCAACAAUCCAAGGCCUUGGCCAAGAAGGAGCGUCAAGAGAAAGCACGCAUACAAGCCGAGAACCCCGGAGCGUAUCAACAUCCAGAUCCAUUCAACACGAAUCCAUACUGGUCAGAAGAGAUAAUGAUGGGGCCUCGAAUAAAAGCUAAGAAGUAUAAUGGUGGGAGCAAGAAUAAUAGUCACAAACGCCUGGAUAGCUCUGGGAAGGAAAGCACAAGUGCCACAGAAAGCAGUACUCGAAUAGACAGUACAAAUCCAAGCAGUAGCCGUACGGCCGUCGCGGAAGAUGGUAAACUCAGCUUUCAAACUACCUUAUCAGAUGAUUGGAAUCGAAAACGGUAUCAAAGGGAAGAUGAAGAACUAUGGGGACAUGAACUAUCUCGCACACAUAAGUUCAUGGAUGCUAUCAAGCAGGCAGGAUCAUCAGCUGGCCGACUUAUCGAGUCGCGUUUAGGAAUGGAACCGAAACCAGUUACUGAAGAAGAGAGGCAUAACUUCUAUUUUGCACCAAGGAAUCCUCCCGUUAACGAAUACCACCCCCCAAUCGUGCGGCAGAGGCCAACCCACAAAGAUGCCAAUAGGUGGAUGUUACAACCACCUCCACCUGCGAAGAUCAUGGAAGGAAAGAUACCAGUCAGUAGGAGUGGAAGCAUGGCGAGUCAUAUUAGCCGUAGGACGACGACAAGCGAUGGCGCCGACUUAGGUAGACUGGUUCAUGAGAAGACUGUGGAGGCCAAACUAAAGAGCGGCGAGUUCCCAACGGAAUUCGACUCGACAACGACCCUCCAGAAAACUGUCACCAGGAAAACUACUAACUCAAGUCGACGAAGGAGUCGUCGAGUCGUGCGAAGUAGAAGUUUAUCACUGGAAUCUUCCGACGCCUCAGAUGGGCCUACAAGACGGAGAAGCUAUCUAGCGCAACCACCCGCCGCCGCCGACUCGGACUCUUCCGAAGACAACGGAGAGUAUUGUUUAAGAAGUUCGGAAUCGUUUGGACGUGGUAGGGGAGCUGCCAGGCGACCGAAAUUACAACCUAUAUCAAGCUCUCAGGAAAACGAAAAGGAGAAUGUGCCGUCCAAAACGAAGGAGGGCCAAACACUUACCAGAUCGGCCAGUUCGGCACUCGCUAACGUUACAAACACUGCGAAUACACCCCGACUAAACCAACCUGUUACGCCCAGCAAAGGGAUGUCUCCAACUGAUCGAUUAGACAAGCCAUCCCCGAUCAUGUUAGGCCCGCCUCUGCAAGUCUCAUCAUAGAAAUAUGAAGUAAGACAGUUGGUUAGGUCGGACAGUAGCAUGGAGUUGCAUCCACCCCGAGCGGCGCAAUGUUGGCAGAUCGAAGUUUCACCAGGUGGACAAUACCAUUUGGUCAGAUGAUUUUGUGUGUAAAAUUAGCAGGCGAGGCGAUUCAUUAUGGCGUUGUUCAUUUGUGUUUUUUGCUCAAAAAUGCAUGGCCACUUGGUUUAGGGAGGGGGUCUUGUUUUAUAUCGGCAGGCAUUGGCGUACGGCUCGGCUCGGCUCGCGUUUUUUUCGAAAGAAAAAAGUUCCUUGGCUUUUAUAGUUGGGCGUAUAGCAAGCAAGUAUAUUAGCAUCAGAUCAGGUAUUCAUUAGCAUUAGUUUGAGUAUUCAGACCAUCUGUCAAUCGGCUUGCUUCCCUAUGUGUGUUGUACUUGUGAGAGCACAGGUUCUCGAGAAUCUAGC